AUGGAUACAAUUGGACAAUUGUUGUUUGCUCUGUUCCUGGCUGGGGUAAUGUUGUAUUUCCUGAAACAGCUUUGGUCCCGCAGAAAUUACCCUCCUGGGCCCUUUCCACUUCCUUUCAUUGGAGUCGCAUGGCAGACUGGAAUCCGAAUAACUCCGACACUUUUAAUUAAGCUGGCUAAGCGAUAUGGAAACAUUUACACAAUAUGGUCAGGACAUAUGCCUAUAGUAAUAUUCUCUGGAUUUCAAGCAGUAAAAGAAGCCAUAAUCCAAACAGAAGACUUUGCUGAGCGGCAAAUGACUCCUUUUGUUAUAGAUGCCGUUAAAAAUAAGGGUAUUAUAUUUUCAAAUGGUCCAAGUUGGAAGCACCAGAGGCGGUUUGGUCUAGUUACUAUGCGGAAACUUGGACUGGGGAAGAAAGGCAUGGAGGGUCAAAUAGAAGAAGAGGCCCAUCGGCUGGUUGAGGUCUUUGCCCGUGCAAAAGAACAGCCGCUAGAUCCUUCAUUGCCCAUCACCAAUGCAGUCUCCAAUUUGAUAUGCACUGUGGUUUUUGGAUACAGAUUUUCUGUUGAAGAUGAAAAAUUCCAGAAAAUGUUACAAGACUUUAAUUAUUUUGCAAAAUUUGGAGGCAGUUUUUUUUAUCUGCUGUAUGAGUUGUUUCCACGGUUGAUGAGAUGUCUUCCAGGGCCUCAUCAGAGGGCAUUGUGUUGCUUAGGCUGUAUUAUUUCAUUUGCAAAGGAAGAGAUAGAGAAGCACAAGGAACUUCAGUCACUACAUGAGCCCCAAGAUUUCAUUGAUUACUAUCUUCUUCAGAUGGAGAAAAGCAAAGGUGAUCCUGAGCCUGCUUAUGACGAAGACAACCUAGCUCAGUGCAUUGUUGAUUUUUUUAUCGCAGGGACAGAGACCACUGCCACUACCCUGCAAUGGGCAUUGCUCCUCAUGGUGGCUUAUCCCGAGGUCCAAGAGAAAGUCCGCAAGGAGAUAGAAGAUGCUUUGGAUCCCAUUCAUUCAAUCUGCUAUCAAGAUCGGAAGAAACUCCCGUAUACUUAUGCUGUAAUUCAUGAAGUUCUUCGUUUGAAAUAUGUCCUAAUUGUUGGAAUCCCUAGGCAAAGUGCCAAAGACGUGAACAUCUAUGGGUUUCACAUCCCAAAGGGGACUUUGGUUGUUACAGAUCUGAACUCAGUUCUUCAUGAUCCCAAGAGAUGGGAGACCCCUGAAAAGUUCAACCCACACCAUUUUUUGGACAAGGAUGGACAUUUUAUAUCUAGGGAAGACUUUUUGCCAUUUGGAGCAGGGUCUCGAGUAUGCCUGGGUGAGCAGAUGGCAAAGAUGGAGCUCUUUCUUUUCUUGACCAUCCUGCUGAGGACCUUUAGGUUUCAGCUGCCAGAAGGAGCCAAAGAACUCAGUCAAGAACCUGUUGUGGGAAUGUCAUUGCACCCUCAUCCUUACAAACUCUGUGCUGUUCCUCACUGUAGGACACCAUAA